CACAUUUUUUGUCGUUAUUACCGUAAAAAUCUUCACGAGGAUAAAUGCAUUUUUGACCUGCCGCCACAGCUCUGUCUUUUUUCUUCUGCGGCGGUCACUAUGGGACACGAGCGACACAACAAACAGGUGGAUCGAUGACUGACGCGGCUGGCUUUUCGGAAUAGUUUUACUAUUUUACUCGAAAGAAGGUUGGGGGAAUCACUUUUAGAGGAUGAAUCUCCUGAUAGCAUUCUUUUUCUUUAUAUUCACUAUACAGGACACAUUGGCAGUUCCUAAGAUUAUAAAACUUCUAGAAGGGACCCAGAUAGAAAAUUCCAAUACUUUAAUUGAAUCAAUCGGGUCUACAAAGUGGAUGGCUAGAAACUCGACCAAAUACAAACCAAACAUUUUAACCGAAUUUAUUGACAGCCCUGAAAAUGAUUUCGCUACUAUUUGGUAUAACAUGUAUGUUGCAAACAAAUUGCAAUGGAAGCCAGAAAAAUACAUGAUGUCAUGCAAAGAAGAGGAAGAAUAUAUUAAUUUAUGCGGUGAAUGUGUGGGUGGGACGACAGAGAAGGAUGACAAUUUCGGUUUGGACAACUGUGGAGUAUGCUAUGGACUUCAGAGGUGUUCGAAUGAAUGUAAAGAGUCUUCGAUUGAGACAAUCGAAGAGGAAGAAUCCGACUGCAUGCAGAUCCUGGGAAUGAAACCUAACGUCGUGGAUGUGAAUGGAAGCUCUGCCAAAACAACUGUACAAAUAAUUGCCACUGAACUUAAAAUCAAAGAUAUUACUUGUUCAGCAUUGUUUGGCAACAAUGAUAUGGGUAAUGUUGAAGCUGAAGAGAAAGAGUGGGGCCUCGUUCUUCAUUUUGAGAAGGCGAAAAAUGAAGGCAAAAUAGAACUAUUCUGCAAUACCUCAGAAGGAGUUGAAUUCAGACAUGAAAUGCUAGCUGUAGACAGCUCAAAAUUAAAACCUAUCUCGACUGACAAACAUUUUCUCGAAUAUGGGAAAGAGUCAAAGAUAAUGAUGAGAGUCACAAACUUAUAUGCCCUCACCGACUUGGUCUGUUUUGGAAAGCAGGAUGGCCAGAUUGUAUAUAAGUACUGGACAAAUGACAUUCAGGGUAACUCAUUGUCAUCAGAAGUGUACUGUGAAGGAAUUUGGCCCACAGGCCCAUCCGAUAUGGAGUUCGGUUUGGCUUAUACUGAAAGCUCAAUGGAUACAGCUCAAACAAUUAAAAUUUCAGUUUUUGCGCCAGACCCAAAGGUGAUCAAAACAAAGCAUAAAGGCAACCAGAUUUCAAUAGUUUUUGACCGUAACAUUCCAACCACUUUGAACUGCAACAAUUUAAAAGGACAACCACCAAUAGGAAAAGGAGCCACUUGUGAAAUCGCAGCUAAUGAAUUUAGAAUUAAUCUUGGCCAGGAUUCAAAAAUUAAAAAAGGCCAACAUUUGACAAUCAGCUUGUCUAACACAAAAGCUUACACCACCAUUUUGGAUGAUUUGAAAGUAGAUGAAAAAUCCAUUAUUGCCGGCCCUUCGAAAGUCUGUCGUGAUGAAACAGUUAAAUACAAAUUGACUGGAGAUGAAAGUGCCGCUAACUGGUCGAUUGCAUAUACUAAUAAAUUCCUUGGACAAGCCUCUCCAGGAAGCCUUCAAAGGAUGAACCUUCUGUUGUGGAGAAAUAUAAGGGAAAAACGAAGUCAAUGGGACAACACUAAACAGAUUUCCAUAAAUACAAGCCUUUUGAUGCAGGAUACAGAAUAUGAGUUGAAAGCAUUGUCUAGAAAUUCAAACGGAGAUUUAAUGAAGUUUUCUAAAAGUAUAACUGUAUCUAAACAUAAAUCCCCUCUUGUGUAUAUUCAAGGAGUAAACAAGGUAGACUCAAGAACAGACAUAAUGUUUGAGGCUCAAAUUAUUUGCCAGGAGAAAGAGAACUUGAUGGUCAUGUGGAAAACAGGAGAAAAUAAAGAACUAUUACAAGAAGGGUCAAAGUUAUACAUAAAAGCUAGCGACCAAAACAAUAAGUUACGUUCAAUUAUAGUCGAACUACUCAACAAAGACAAAAUCGUAUAUCAAGAUAAAAUCAGCGUGAAAUUUGAAAUGGAUGAAUUCAAUCCACCAACAUAUAUAGAUCAAAUUGUAGUUGGUACUGGUCACAACAUUGAAAUACCAAUCAAUAACCAUGGGGAAAGAAAGUUCUUGUGGCAAUGCUUCACGGAAUUAGGGAAAGAAUGUAGGACAGCCGGAAAAGAUCCCAAGCCUAUUGAAACUGUUGGUACCAUAGAUGAUUCUUUAUUAUUCAUCCCAAGAGGAAUGCUUCCUGUUGGGAGAUAUGCAAUUGAAAUUAAAAAAACAAUGAAUGGAACUUCUUCAGCUAAAAUUGUACAACUGAGGGUCAUAUUUGGGGAACCGCCAUUUUUAUCAUUGAAGAAUAUUAAAAUUGACACUAAUAUAAAAGUCAACCUGAGAAUUUCAGAUGUCAUCGGUUCUUGUGAAGUUUCAGUUGGUACUCUUAUGGCCAAUAAUUACACUUACAUCGAUCUUAAAGAAAUUUUUAGCCCAGAAAAAGUUGAAGGGACGCCAUUAAACCCAAUAAACAAAGACUACUCCUUCAAACUGCCAGAGAAAAUUCUGAAAUUUGGUGCCAAAUAUAAAUUCAGGUUUUCUGUAAACUGUGGUGCUCUUUCCCAAAGUUACAUUAUUUUCAGUGUCCCACUUAAAGAACCAGUCAAAACUGGUGACUUGGAAGUAACACCGUUAAUGGGGUCUGCAUUAAUUACACUGUUCAAACUCAAUGUAAAGCAUAUGGCAGAGGAGAACACAAUUUAUGACUAUGGAUAUAUUUUUAAAGAUACCUAUUACUAUUUGGAAAAGAAACUGGACCCUUCGGCAGCAAUAUAUUUAUUACCUGGGCAAGUAAAGCCUUUUGUUAAGGUAUGUCAGAUAGGAAAAAUCUGCAGGACUGUUACUGGAUCGGAGAUUAACGUUCAUGGAGAAACAAUAGAUCCAGUUGCAACAAAAAAUGUACUUGAUUCUUACAAAACUGCAAUCAAAAGUGGCUUCCACGAAUUUGCUGUAGGGAAUGCAAAAACGCUUACAGAAAGUUCAAAGCCAAAUGAAGAAACUUAUAGAAACAUAACAACAGUAAUGAAUCAAAUACUUCAUGAGACAAUAGACAAAAUGGGCUUAUUAUUACAGAAAGACAUUUCAAAAGUCAAUGAUGCCUUAGAUUUGCUCCAGAGCUCUAUGAAAAUUGUUGACAUGAUGGAAACUUCAGAUGAAUCGAGGGAAAAAAUUAUUACAUUUAGAGACAAAAUACAAGCUGCUUUUAAAAAGAAAACAGACAACCUGGUGCAGUCUGCUGUAAUGAAAGUGGAGCCAAGAGCAAAGCGGCAGGUGGAAAGAGAACCCAAGAAAAUUUCAGAUAAAAAAACAAUUGAAGUAUUGUUAGAAGCAUCAAUUUGGGAUAUACAAAAAUUAAACAAUAAAACAGAAAUGUUGAAACAAAAGGAAACCAUCAUAAAUAGACUUCCUGACGAUCUCAGCCAAUUGUGCAACGCAGUAACAUCAACACCGCUUCAAAUGAAUUCAACGAUUAAACUGAGGGCUGUAAAACUCAACAAAAAUACAAUAAGACAAUACACAGACUGUGGAAGUGAUUGCAAAGUUGGCCAGAGCACUCUUCCAAAGAAUUUGUUCAAAAAGAACAAUUACACAGAUGGUGUUUGUUUGGGUGAAAUAUUUUUACCUUACAAUUUUUCCUCAGACCUUUGGAAUAAUUCUUCAGAAACACACAUGGUUAGGGCAAGUGGGGUUUAUAUCAAUAAGGUAUUCAGAUAUACUGGUGAUAUAGUGAUAAAAGAUACUGAAAAUAUAACUGGACGAUCAACAAUUUUUCUUUGGCCAGAAAUACCGCCUGAUGAAGCAAAUUCAACCAAAUGUUUUUCAUGGGCAAAUACAACUGGAUGGACAUCUCUUUGUAAAACAUUAAAGCUUAUAAUGGUCGAAAAUAGAAUAGCUAGGGAAUGUAACUGCCCUUUACAAGGAAUUUACGCAUUAUUCAAACUGAACAGUCAGAUAGAAACAACAGGUUCUCCAAAUAUUGCAGUUAAUUUGACAGUUGUUCCCACAAUAGAAGCAGAAAAAGAGACAACAACCAUGACUACAGUAAACCCACCGGCAAAACCAAAAGCUGUUACCGUCAACACUAUUCCACAUACAGAAACUGUACAAACAGUGGCCUCAAAUAAAUUAAAUAUAACCACAGAAAUGGUAACAACAAUUGUAGCACCAACAUUAACACCAUUGCAUAUGACAACACUGAGAGAAAAUGUUACAUACAUAGCAACGUUUACCAUUAAUGAAAACUUUAAUAAAACAAUAGGAUACAAGAAAACAGAGUUCGAAAAUAAAAUAAAACAGCAGUUGGUUGAAAAUGUAAAAUUGUCCAAUGAAACUGAUCUUGAAGUAAAUAAUGAAAAUGAUAACAUCAAAAUUACAUUGAAAUUACUGAGUGAAGACGCUAAGGUGCCAUCAGCAAUGAUAAAAUUGGCCGAUACUUUACUCAAGGGUGAAUUGCAAUUAAAAGGCCUAGACAACAAGGAUCUGAGAAUAUCAGGACAAAAGAUUGAGCUGUAUCGCGGCAAUGUACAAACUUCGUCUUCAUCGUCAUUUAUUAUUGUGAUAUCCUGUGGCGUUUUCAUACUUAUAAUAUGCGUGGUUGCAGUCCUUUUGAGCGGAGUAUUCUUAAAAUGGAGGAGAGAACUGAGGGCGAUGAACUUCCUCCAGAGCAUGGAGACUUACUCUAGACCAAAAUAUCUAAGACUUCAUGAAUCUUCAUCAUUGGAUGCAAUGGAACGUUCUUUCAGUGACCAAGCAAGCCAACAAAGGCCAGGAGAGUUGGAUUCAGGCAUAGUGCUUACAGUUGAUCCAAACAAAAUUUCAUCAAAGUACCAAUCGAUCAACAAUAUGACAACAUCUGCGUAAUGGUAAUAAAAUUCAACCAUAUCCCUAGCUUUUUUGAAGAUGCAAUAUUGAUGUCUACUGUUUUUUAAUGUAUUUAAAAUAGCAUAAGCAAUAUUUUUUAAACACUACAAAUCUGAAUGUUUUUUAUGACAGCUGCUAAAAGCUCUCUGUAUGUCUCAAUUCGCAGUUAACGAUGAAAUAUAAAAAAAUUAUUAUUUGAAUGUACACUGUCACUUUUAUAGUUCAAAUGUAACAUUGCAAAUAUUAUUAUAAAUAAAUUAUACAAAUUGUAAAUACAAAUAAUAGGUAAAUAUACUAAUUAUAUUACUGUUUACUAAUUGAGAGAUUUAUCCUAUUUCAACUUUGGCGUGGGACCGUUGGUAAUUAGUUGGCACCAAAUAUUACACAAAAAGCUUAGUGAAAAUGCAUGUUUUACACAUAAGAAAGACUUGUUAUUAAAAAGUAUAUUUUCAAUAAAAAAUAAAAUUCAAUUAAAAAUGCACCAAUCAUAUAAAAUCUUUUAAAAUCAAGUGCAAUUUCUGCAAUCAAAUGAAAAGAGUGCAUACAUAAUAAAUUUAUAUGAAAGUGUUUUUGGAAAAAAUGUAUUUAGUUAAGCUCAGGCACCAAAGCAAAUAUCGAUUGUAAAUUUUUUUAAAAAAUGUGUAUUUAUGUUCAAUUUUUGCGCAAUUUUAAAAUUAAU